AAAUACCUGGGAAUCCCCAUCGGGGGAAGCCAUAGAAGGCUCUCAAUGUGGCAGCCCUUGCUGGAGUCUUUUAAAAAGAAGUUGUCAAGCUGGAAGGGUCGGCAGCUUUCUCUUGGGGGUCGAAUCACGCUCAUUAAUUCUGUGUUAUCCAGUCUGCUUGUGUUCUUAAUGUCCGUAUACCGUCUCCCAAAAGGUACUCUCAAAGCUAUUGAUAAAAUUCGAAAGAGUUUCCUAUGGGGUGGGGAGGGAGAAAGGAAAAGAAUUAAUUGGGUCAAUUGGAAGAAGGUUUGCUUGCCGAAAGAGGCUGGUGGGUUGGGAGUGAGAGAUCUAGGGAAUUUCAACCGGUCAUUGAUGGGUAAAUGGUGGGGGAGGUUAGCAGUAAAGGAGGAAGGAUUAUGGAGGAGAGUGAUUGCAAGCAAAUAUAGUGAGGGAGGAGGGCACUGGAUGGAUUGGGUUAGGAACGGUGUAGGAGCUUGCUCUUCUUGGUGGAGAGAUGUCAGAGGGAUUAAUAAAGAAGAGGGGGAAACUUCAGGGUGGUUAACAGAGGGUUUUAGAUUGAAGUUAGGAGAAGGGAAGGAUGCAAGCUUUUGGUGGGAUGAGUGGUGUGGGGAGAUUUGUCUAGCCAACAAAUUCCCAAGAUUGUAUCUCUUAUCUGCAGGAAAGGAGAAAGACUGCAGCCAAAUGGGAACUAUGUGCAAUGGAACUUGGAAAUGGAAUCCUACAUGGAGAAGAAAGUUGCUCGAAAGGGAAGAAGAGGCUGUAACGGAGCUCAGUACGUUGAUUGAGGGUGUGAAAAUAUCUCCUGGCCGGCCUGAUGAAUGGGAGUGGCUUCACAGCAAGGAUUCCCGUUACUCAACCAAAUCAGCGUACUCACUCCUGACAAAGGUGCCGAGGUGUCCGAAUCAAGAAAAAGUCUUCAGGAGAGUAUGGAACCCCAACCUACCUAACAAGAUCUCUGCUUUCAACUGGCAACUGCUGCUCAAUAGACUUCCAACCAAAUCCAACCUGUUGAAAAGAGGUCUUGGCGCAACAAUGGGUGAUGGCAUUUGCAACCUGUGUCAAGAAGAAGAAGAAGAAGAUGCAACCCAUCUGUUCCUGAAAUGCAAAAAGGUAAGAUGGAUAUGGAAGGAGUGUGCUAAGUGGUGGGGGAUCAAUAUAGAGACUCAAGCGGACUGCUGGAAGACUUUUGAACAUCCUGGGGCAUGGUCCAGAAACAUGAGGAUCAGGAAAGGAUGGGAUUGCACCUGGAGCGCAGUAGUAUGGUACAUUUGGCUGAUGAGGAAUCAAAGGAUCUUCCAGAACCUUGAGAUGAACCCGGGUCUUGGCGCAACAAUGGGUGAUGGCAUUUGCAACCUGUGUCAAGAAGAAGAAGAAGAUGCAACCCAUCUGUUCUUGAAAUGCAAAAAGGUAAGAUGGAUAUGGAAGGAGUGUGCUAGGUGGUGGGGGAUCAAUAUAGAGACUCAAGUGGACUGCUGGAAGACUUUUGAACAUCCUGGGGCGUGGUCCAAAAACAUGAGGAUCAAGAAAGGAUGGGAUUUCACCUGGAGCGCAGUAGUAUGGUCCAUUUGGCUGAUGAGGAAUCAAAGGAUCUUCCAGAACCUUGAGAUGAACUCGGGUAAGCUAUUCGAACUGGUUCAAGUACGAUUGUUCUUAUGGAUUAAAGCAAAAAAAGCCUGGUGUUACUUUACUCUUUCGGACUGGUUAAGCAACCCUAUUGCAUGCCUCAUUGUGAAUUGUGGUGGGAAUCGCUAGGGAGAAAUAGUUUGAAAGAUGGAAUUAACAUUAAGUGGCUGGGUUUUGUGUUGUUUUGUGUAAAUGCAUGGGUUGGGUACCCCUUGUACUCAUUAUCAAUAAAGUUUUGCUGUUCAA